CAAUGCAGUUCUAGUGGGCGGGGCUGCUGCCGCGGGGACGCGAGAAGGCCACUCGGGAGCACCAUGGCGGCUUCCGAGUCUGAAUCUCUGCGCGUGGGCUUCGUGGGCGCAGGACGCAUGGCGGAGGCCAUCGCCCAAGGCCUCAUCCGAGCAGGCAAAGUGCAAGCUAAGCAAGUGCUGGCCAGUGCACCAACAGACAAGAACCUUUGUCACUUCAGGGCUCUGGGUUGCCAGACUACUCACUGCAAUGAGGAGGUGCUGCAGAACUGUUCACUUGUCAUCUUUGCCACCAAGCCCCAAGUCCUGCCAGUGGUUCUGGCAGAAGUGGCCCCUGCUGUCACCAGUGAGCACAUCAUCGUAUCUGUGGCCGCUGGGAUCUCUCUGAGCUCUUUGGAGGAGCUGCUACCCCCGAAAACACGAGUGUUACGAGUCUCUCCCAAUCUACCCUGCCUAGUCCAGGAGGGGGCCAUGGUGAUGACACGGGGCCAGCAUGCUGGGAAUGAUGACAUGAAGCUCCUACAGAACUUGCUGGAGGCCUGUGGACAGUGCAUGGAGGUUCCCGAGUCCUAUGUAGAUAUCCACACUGGCCUCAGUGGCAGCGGCGUGGCCUUUGUGUGUACAUUCUCAGAGGCCCUGGCGGAAGGUGCCAUCAAGAUGGGCAUGCCCAGUGACCUGGCCCACCGCAUUGCUGUCCAGACCCUGCUGGGAACAGCCAAAAUGCUGCAGCGGGAAGGGAAGCACCCAGCUCAGCUUCGGACAGAUGUGCUCACACCAGCCGGAACCACCAUCCAUGGGCUUCAUGCCCUAGAGCAGGGUGGCCUUCGAGCAGCUACCAUGAGCGCUGUGGAAGCGGCUACCUGCCGGGCUAAGGAGCUCAGCAAGAAGUAAGGCAGGCUUCAGAUGACCUUCGAGGCUCCUUGCCCAGCUACGGCCUCUGAGUGGUGAGAACAGCCUUGCAUGGGUGCUGCAGUGUGCUGUCCUUCAAGCGUAAUGGCCGUCAUCAUCAUCAUCAUCAUCAUCAUCAUCAUCAUCAUCACAGAAGCUGUGACUACUUGUAAAGUACCCUCAAGAUCAGCUCUGUUGACUGUGACAUUCGUUGAAGGGAGGAAAGGUGGGGAGGGUCAUUUGACCUUUAUCUGAGAGUCUAGAGUCUCCCUUCUGCACCCCUCAGCUAGUCCUAAUUGUACAUGGCCUCAUGGUCUCAGGAGGUAGUACAAUAUGUAGUCUGCGGGAAGAUGAACUGAAGAAGGAAAGGUUCCCAUCUUUGCAGAUACAGGAACAUCAUCAUCCAUUCUGGUAUGAGAUAUUUUGAUGAUGUUGCUGUAUUGGGGUCACCCACACUACUAUAAGCAACACUCCAUCUAUACCCUGUAAGCCCAAUAAACUUACUGGUUCCCUAA